UCUCGAACUCGCUCUGUUAUAGAUAGAAAGAAAAUGAGAAAAAUGGAAAUAAUAAAAAUGAUGAUAAUAUGCAAAUGAUCUCUUCUUGUAGAGUCCUUCUUCCCUCUGCCUCUGCCAUGGCGGCCUCCUCUUUCCCUCGUUCCGCGACGGCGGGGAAGGGGUCACUUGGCGUAUGGCCAGGGAUGGCGCAACUGAGCAUUAGAAAGAAUCUUGUGUAUGGAUUGAUGCGGUUGUUCUCGAUGCCAUUCAAAACAUUGCGUGGAGUUAGUAGCAGAACUCUUGGUGUUUCUCGUUUUUGCAGCAUUAACAAUAUGUCCUCCACCCUCCAAAUUGAAUUGAUACCAUGCCUUAGGGACAACUAUGCAUACUUAAUACAUGACACAGAUACUGGGACUGUUGGAGUAGUUGAUCCUUCAGAAGCUGUACCUGUGAUAGAUGCAUUGGACAGGAACAAUCGGAAUUUGACUUAUAUAUUGAACACUCACCAUCACUAUGAUCACACUGGUGGGAACAUGGAGUUAAAAGAAAGGUACGGGGCAAAGGUAAUUGGAUCCGGAGUAGACCAGGAUAGAAUUCCUGGAAUUGAUAUUGCAUUGAAUGAUGGUGAUAAUUGGAAGUUCGCAAGCCAUGAGGUGCUCAUCAUGGAUACUCCUGGUCAUACACGAGGCCAUAUUAGUUUCUACUUCCCUGGAUCAAAGUCAAUAUUCACCGGAGAUACUUUGUUCAGUUUAUCAUGUGGCAAGCUCUUCGAAGGAACUCCUGCUGAGAUGCUCUCUUCCUUGAGGAAGAUAAUGUCUUUGCCAGAUGACACAACUAUUUACUGUGGUCAUGAGUAUACACAGAGUAAUUCAAAGUUUGCACUAUCAAUAGAACCGGGUAACAAAGAAUUGCAAUCCUAUGCUGCUGAAGUCAACCACCUCCGAGACAAGGGCAUGCCCACAAUUCCAACUACUCUUGGUAAGGAGAAAUUAUGCAAUCCAUUUCUUCGUACUUCAAGCAUGGAAAUCCGGCGGUCAUUGAAGAUUCCACCUGCUGCAAAUGAUGCAGAAGCAUUGGGCAUAAUCCGGCAAGCGAAGGAUAAUUUCUAGGGCCAAUACUUGGCAGUUUUCAUCGGAUUCACUAGUGCAAACAAAGAGAGCAUUCAAUGUCACCUUGUAAACAAGUGACAACUAUUGUGUACAUUCUAGCUUUGCUCUUAUGUGUGCUGGGAAUGUUGAUUGCAUCUGUCCUUGAAAUUGCUAGAGAAAAAUUGGUUCAUGUCAAUGAUUUCGAACCUCUUUAUUUUGAAAGAAUAAUUCAUGAUUCCAAUUUUUCUC